CUCUGAUCUGAUCCCGUUUGACGUGAUGUGAUUGCUACAUUGAAUUCGAUUUGAUAGCUGCGCUGACGACAGCCCAGCUUGGAACUUGACCCUCUCAACCUACAUUCUGCGCCACCUCGCAGCAAGAUGGAUCCAGCGCGGCGCGCCAUGAUCAAUGGGCGUGGCUCGCCCCCUCGUCAGAACAGUAUCACAUCACCUAGACGGGACCCCAACAACAGGAUCACGAAGCCAUCCCGGCCGACGAGCAAGCCCCCCUCCACCUACCUCACUCAAGACGAACAGGCCAGGAAGUUUGUCGCGGACGAGGACAAAUUUGUCCUGAAGCAGUCCAAGAAGAAGGCCGACAUUCGAGUCCGCGAGGGCCGCGCGAAGCCCAUCGACCUCCUUGCCUUCAACCUGCGAUACUUCGAUACCGAGCGAUAUGUCUUCGAUGACCAGGAAUCCGAUGUUGAGAUCGACGUACCGGCUCCUGUUGCCGUCGUAGAAGGCCUUGACCUGCCCCAACUCGAGGACCUAGACGGCGAGAUCGCAUCAUAUCACACACUGGAAACCACUGGUCGCAACAGAGACUAUUGGACGGCACUGCAAGCCCUCUGCUCCCACAGACGCCAGAAGCUGAAGCCCAUGGGGGCCGAGGAGCGUGCUGUCAGCUCGGUCAGUGCAGAUGUAGACAAGAUCCUCGGCCCCAAAUCUCUUGAGCAGCUGGAGAAGCUCGAGGGCCAGAUUAGGACCAAGCUUCGAUCCGAUGAGGCCGUGGACACGGACUAUUGGGGGCAGCUGCUCAAGAGCUUACUCGUGUACAAAGCAAAGGCCAAGCUGAAGAUCAUCUGCGAGGAAAUCAAGGAGACUAGAAUCAAGGAGCUGCGAGAGAAGAACCCAGAGAAGGCCAACGCUCUUGCAUCUUCUCAUUCCACAACCAGCGCAAACCCCCAGGAUGCGCCGGCCUCCUCGACACAGCCUUCAUCGGUCAUCCCGCCCAUCAGUACUGGAGUUGGAGCUUUUGCUGCUGCUGCUGCUGCUCCCGCUCCCGCUCCCGGGGCCGCACGCUUCUCUGCUGCUGCUGGUGAGGAUUUCUCCCAGGCAACCAAGGCACUGUACGAGCGCGAGGUUGCGCGUGGUUUUGGUGAAAACGAGGAAAUUUUUACUGCCGAGGAGAUCGUUACUGGGGUUGCGAAGCCUCAAUGGGCCGACAAGCAUCGGCCCAGAAAGCCACGGUACUUCAACCGAGUCCAGAUGGGCUAUGAAUGGAACAAGUACAACCAAACGCAUUACGACAUUGAUAAUCCACCACCCAAGGUUGUGCAGGGCUACAAGUUCAAUAUAUUCUAUCCAGACUUGAUCGACAAGACCAAAGCACCUACUUUCAAAAUCAUCAGGGAGCAUGGGCGAAGAAGAGGCGAAUCAUUCGCCGCGGCUGGAGAAGAAGACACUUGUUUGAUACGAUUCAUUGCUGGGCCACCGUAUGAGGACAUCGCCUUUCGUAUUGUUGAUCGGGAAUGGGAUUAUAGCGCAAAGAAGGAUCGCGGCUUCAAAAGCAGCUUCGACAAGGGAAUUCUACAGCUGCACUUCCAGUUCAAGAAGAUCUACUAUCGCAAGUAGUGUAAGCCUUUCUGGACGCUCAACAACUUCGCGGGCCAUGCUACAGCAAGCAAACACGUGGGGCCGAAGCAUCAGCCGUAUAAUUCCAGUACUUAUGUAUGCUACAUUACUUCUGGACUUGAGCAAUCACUAUUAGUCAAUGAAUUGAAGCUGUAAGACAGUGA